AUGAGAGAAAAAAGGUUGCUGUUAUUGUUGGUUUCUUUAACCAGCCUGGCAGCUGUCACAAAGGCAAAGACAGUAAAAUAUCAGACCUUCGAGGAAGACGCCCCAGGCACGGUGAUUGGUAACUUGGCCAAGGACAUCUCCUCUACUUCAGCGUAUUCCUCGGGGGUCUCCCGGUCCAGUUUCAGGAUGAUGAAACAGUUCAACUCCUCUUUCAUCCGUCUGCGAGAAAGCGACGGGCAGCUGAGCAUCGGGGAAAGGAUAGACAGGGAGCGCAUCUGCAAGCACACUCAGCAAUGCCUCAUUUCUUUUGACGUGGUAAGUUUCUCAAAGGAGCAGUUCAAGCUUAUCCAUGUUGAGGUGGAGGUCAAGGACAUCAACGACAACUCUCCAGUUUUCCCUCGCAAGGAGUCAAGUAUGGACAUCUCAGAGAACACUGCCGUGGGGACGCGCAUCCCUCUGGACUUUGCAGCGGAUGAGGACGUUGGAGUGAACUACAUCCAAAGCUAUCAGAUCUCAGUUAACAGCCACUUUUCAAUCGAUGUACUGAGCAGGGCUGACGGGGUUAAAUAUGCAGAGCUGGUGCUCAUGAAAGAGUUGGACCGGGAGACUCAGGCUUCUUAUGCGCUGGAGCUGAUUGCGAUGGAUGGUGGGAACCCGUCCCGCUCCGGAACCACACGAGUCAACAUCAAGGUGAAAGAUUAUAAUGACAAUAGCCCAAUUUUUGACCGGAACAGCUUUGCGGUGGACUUGCCAGAAGAUGCUCCAGUGGGUUCCCUGUUGCUGGACCUGAACGCAGAGGACCCGGACGAAGGGCUGAACGGUGAGGUGGUGUACGGCUUCGGGAACCAGGUGCCCUUGGAGAUCCGCCAACUCUUCAAAGUAGACAGAAAAAGCGGAAGGCUCACCCUGGAAAGCCCUAUCGACUUCGAAAGUAAGAACACGUACGAGUUCGACGUCCAGGCUACCGACUUAGGUCCAAACCCUAGUCCGGCCAUUUGCAAAAUUGUUGUUCAGGUGCAAGACGUGAAUGACAACGCACCUGAGAUCUCCAUUACGCCCAUGACUUCCAUCACCGCUGGGAUAGCCUACAUCACCGAGUCUGCAGCCAGGGAGAGUUUUGUGGCUUUGGUCAGUACCUCGGACAGAGAUUCUGGAGCCAACGGGCAAGUUCACUGCACCCUCUAUGGACACGAUCACUUCAGACUGCAGCAAGCCUACGAGGAUAGCUUUAUGAUUGUAAGCACCAGCCCGUUAGACCGGGAAAAAAUCCCUGAAUAUAACCUCACGGUCGUAGCUGAAGACCUGGGUUCUCCUCCUUUCAGAACCAUUACCCAGUACACCAUCCGUCUCACGGAUGAAAACGACAAUGCCCCGGUGUUCAGUAAGCCUGUCUAUGAUGUUUCCGUUGUGGAGAACAACGCGCCCGGUGCGUACAUCACCACAGUGGUGGCGCGGGACCUUGACAUGGGGCCAAACGGAAAGGUCACCUACAAACUAGCAGACACCUACUUCAUGGGCUCGCCAAUUUCCACUUUUGUGUCACUGGAUCCUGCCAGUGGGUCACUUUAUGCUUUACGUAGCUUCAAUUAUGAGGUGAUGAAGCAACUGGAGCUCAGGAUCACGGCCCGCGAUAGUGGCUCCCCGCCCCUGACAGGAACGGCAAAUGUUUUCCUGAGGGUCGUGGACCAGAAUGACAACGCACCGGCCAUCACCCACCCGGUGCUCAACAAUGGCUCGGCUGAAGUCCUGCUACCCCGAGAUGCGCCGAGCGGCUACAUCAUCACUCAGGUGGAGGCCCGGGAUGCAGAUGAGGGCAUCAACUCAGAGCUUUCUUUCGGGCUGGCCACCGGUGAACCCUCGGUGUUCUCCAUCAACAAAGCCACAGGAGAUAUCUACCUGAAUCAGGUGCUCAGCCAUGAUGUGGAUGACACCCUGAGUGUCACAGUGACGGUGAGCGACAAUGGCAGGCCCGCGCUCACCUCCACCGGCACGCUUCACUUUCUCGUCAUUGCCGGCUCCCCGCCGAGCGACCGCACCGUGUACCAGGCAGGCGGCGGGGGCGUUGUGCCCGCACAGUGGGACCUGUCCGUGGUCAUCAUCGUCGUCUUGGCGGGGAGCUGCACUCUCCUGCUGCUCGCCAUCAUCCUCAUCGCCACCACCUGCAACCGCCACAGAGGGGACAAGAACGUUGAGGACAGCGAUUCUUACGGGGAGAAAGACACGCUGGAGCGGGGCAAGAACCACGUGGCUGGUAACCCGCUUCUCCCCAUGCACACAGCUGCGGCGGCAGCAGGCUUCGAGGGACACUCGUUCAGUAGCCAGGCACAAGUCGGAGGAAGCGACAUGUGUUCGGCCUCGGAGGACGGCAGCGAGGUCCCGUGUGUUUACGACUCAGACACAAACAGCAAACCAAGGGGGAAUAAACAUGAGGGAUAUUCCACUUUGCCUGGCUAUGGGAACGGAAAGGAGGCUGUGAGGCCAAUCACCAUCUGGAAGGGGAACUCUUAUACCACCAUCUCUGCCAGGGACCCUGCCUUCAGUGGGAAAGACAGUGGCAAGGGGGACAGUGACUUCAAUGACAGUGACAGCGAUGUGAGCGGAGACACGGGCUUGAAGAAAGAUGGUGCUCCCGUUCCCCCAAUGGGUGGUCAAAAUGCAUUGUGGGCUUGCACGAGUGAGUGUAAGGUUCUGGGUCAUUCGGAUCGCUGUUGGAGCCCUUCUGCAGUGAGAGCCAAUGUUGCCCCCUCACCUGCCCCAACUGUCUCCUCCUUCGGCAGUCACUCCAAGACAUCUUCCUUGCCUCGGGACCCCAAUCGCAGGGACAACUACUACCAUGCCCACAUUCCCAAAACUGUGGGGCUACAGAGUGUUUAUGAAAAAGUGCUGGACAGGGAGUAUGACUAUGUCAUGAUCACACCCACUAGGCCUGUUAGGGUUCAGGAGGUCUGCAGUGACGUAUCUAUUCCUGUGUACACGCCCAGCCCGACACACUGUAACAACAAUAAUGACUGA